AUAAAACAAGUUUUCGAUUUGAGUUGCCGUUUAGUAAACAAAGUGGGUAAAUUACCCAAGGACCAACUUUGUUUACAGGACUUGAAUUUUGACAGCGAAAGCUUAAAAAGAAUUUUGGGAAUUAUCACAACAUUUCUGAACGAUUUUUAUCAGUGUUCUGUUGCCUUACCCGAUCGGGAAAAGGAUGCGAUUCAGUUUGAGAAAAUAUGGGAUGAGAGUCUGCCCUGUCUGGUUGAGGUGGCACAGGAUACAACGAACAUUAACUCUGAUAUAUUGAAAUUAAUUUAUCAGAUGUCUUGUGCAAUUUACUAUCAGUGUUAUUUUAAUGUGAAAUUUUCAAAGCCUUUAGAUACCUUAUUUGAUAUCGAUUAUCAGAUUGUAGUCGAAGCUCUUGCUGGACAUACGCAAAGAGAAUGUAAUUUGAAACCAUCAGAAAAGUUGUUUAACCCAAGAAUGAAAUACUUGACAAAACUCAUUCGUGUAGCAAUUGAGACGAUUAGCUGCGUGGAUAAUAGCGAACAAAGCAAAGUUUAUAAUGAUGGUGAUUGUUUGAAGUGGAUAGAAAAUAUUACAAGUCUCGCCGAUUUAUGGGUCAUAAAUAGUGACUUUGUGAAACGUCAAUACGUUAUUGGCUUGUAUCACAUGGGCUACGAUAGUUUAGCUGAAAAUAUGUUAGUUUUAAUCAAUGAACCGAAGUCGCUGCUACCUCCGCUUCUUGCUAUCACCAUACAAAGACUAAAAAAAAGCUUAGAGAAUACGAAAAAUCAGCCAGAAUGGAUAGUCGCAAUUCCACCACAAGUUUAUAAAAAGAUUCAAAACACGCUUCCCGAUUCUUCUAUUCCUCCAUGUCCAUCUUUGUCAUCAACUGUUUUGCUUCUUCAAAAGUUAUUGAUACAAAUUGAUAAAAAAGAUUCAGAAACAAUUGAUCAGGCUGAUGUAAAAACGGCGAAGCUCUUAAUUGAAAGUUGUGAAGUUUUGUUACGAAGAAAUCUAUAAAUAUAAUAAUUAAUAUAUAU